AUGCGAAAUUUACCUCAAACAGCCAAUCAGAUCCCACCUUGGUUCGCGAUGCUCGAAUUGGAUGAAAGGCACAACCUCGCGUUCUUCGCUUUAGAGUGCUCUUUUCUCGGUUUGGUCGUUCUGGGAGAGUUUUUGGUAUAUGUAUGGAGAUUUUGGAGCCUUUGGAUGGGCUUGAACGUGUCAGGUUUUGGAGCGCUUUGGGGAGAUGAUGAGAGGGGGAGAAGGAGAUUGGGGAGAGGAGUGCCCCAGGAAAAGAGAGACGAUCUCAUUACUAAGAUAUCUCUAUUCACUCGAUCUCCAAAAGUCGUCUCAAUUAAAACCCAAGAAACGAUGGCAUCAGAUGAAUCCAUUUGGAUGUUCUCCUGCAGCACGGCUCUUGCUAUCGUUGUCUCCAUCUUCUAUCUCAUACCCACUCUCGUCCUCACAUGGCAGACCUUCAUCAAGUACCGCUCAUGGUUCUUCCUCUGUGUUCUCAUCGGUUCGGCACUCGAAGUUGGAGGAUAUAUCGCAAGAGCUGUGUCGAGUAAGCAGGUCAGCUCGAUCCCUCCCUACGCAAUAUCAUCGACCCUUAUUAUCAUUGCCCCCGUCUUCGUAGCCGCAGGGAACUACCUCCUCAUCGGCCGCCUCAUCCGCGCUGUUCUCCAUCCCUCCCACCACCGCAUCUUCGGCAUCCCAGCCCAUCUCAUUACGAAAACCUUCGUCGGCUGCGACAUCCUAUCCUUCCUCAUCCAGGCAUCGGGCUCUGGUAUCGCGUCUUCCGGCUCUUGGGAGGGCAACACAGCCAAGAUCGGCACGAACGUCUUAAUCGGAGGUCUAAGCACCCAAGUCGCGACCUUUGUGUGGUUCCUUGCGAUCGUGAUGAGGUUCUGGUCGCAUACGCAUGCAGAAGUGAAGCCCGAUGCGCCGAGGGGAUGGUUCAGAGUCCUCCAGGCAAUCUGGAUCUCGUCGUGCUUGAUAUUGGUGCGAUCGAUUUAUCGGGUUAUCGAAUUCGCGCUGGGUAUCAACGGAUAUCCAUUUACGCAUGAGUGGAUCUUUUAUGUGUUCGAGGCUCUGCCUAUGUUGCCAGCUAUCUCGGUAUUUUGCUUUGUGCAUCCGGCAAAGUAUCUGGGGAGGACGGGAGGCUUAGAAGGGAAGGUCGAAGAGAGUAGAAUGGAGCUUGCACUGAGUAUCGUGUACUCGUGCUUGAAAGACACUAAACAGACAGCUCCCCCCUUGAAAACACGAAGUUAA